AUGUCUUCUCAAGAACUUGAACAUCAGAACAAUGGUGUCCACUUUUUCAAAAUUAUUCUUGCAAGUAUCCUUCAAGAAGGAAAACUGAGAGUGCCAAUAAAUUUUGCGAGGAGGCAUUGGCAUGGAAUAACAAACCCAGUCACUCUAAGGCUUCCAACUAUGGCACAAAUGAACGUUACUUGGGAGAAAACCAGUGAUUAUGAUGUUUGGUUUUGCAAUGGUUGGAAAGAAUUUGCAAAUUAUUUGUCUUUGCGUGAUUCACAACUUUUGGUCUUUCGAUAUCGAAAAAAAUCUCUCUUUGAUGUGAUUGUAUUCGGUAAAUGCGGAUUAGAAAUAAAAUACCCUUUAAGAGAAACUUGUGAUGGUUCUUUGAAAGUUACCGAGGAUCCUUCAUCAUCGCCUGGUAAAAGGCGAAAAUCUCCAUCACCAUGUGUGAAGGUGAUACCAACUGAAUUUGUGAAGACACAUAUGCACAUGAUGGAAGAAGGAAAUGCUAUCCUUUUUGUUGAUCAAGAUAGAACAUGGAAUGUUGAUUUGGAUCUCACUCUAAAUAAACAAUUUGCACUAACAAGUGGUUGGAGUGAAUUCUGUGCUCACAAUAAUUUGAAAUUUGGUGAUGGUUGGCUUGAAUUUUUGAAGGAUUGUUACUUGAAAGAGGGUGAUACUUGCCUAUUGAAGAUGAGUGGCGGCACUGGUUUAGAAUUGGAGAAACCUAGAACCAGUGGCGGUGCCACAUAUAAGUGA